CGAUAUAAGCAGCAGCAGCAGCAGCAGUUGUACGUGAGGCUAAAUUUGGGGACGCGCUCCGCCGCCUUCGAUACGGAUCAACAUCGGUGUUGACCAACCUUCACCAUGUACGAAGCCGACCGACGGCUUCUUAAAUGAAUCUGUGUGCAAUGCCUUUUUGGAGAAGUAAAGCGGAUACGCCUAGAAAUAGCUUAUUUUUUCAAUUUACAUUUAAGAACACUCUAAAAAAAUUGAAUAGCAAAUUUACCUUCUCCAAUAAGACAAUCGUACAAAUUCAAAAGAUGGUUGAUGAAAAAGCGUCAUCGAUCAACGCCACCACGUUGAUGGUCGGCGCCAACUAUAAGGUCGGUAAGAAGAUUGGCAGCGGUAACUUCGGCGAGUUGCGCCUCGGCAAGAACAUUUUCACAAACGAACACGUUGCUAUCAAGAUGGAGCCGAUGCGUACCAAGGCGCCGCAGUUGCAUCUGGAGUACCGCUUCUAUAAAAUGCUCGGCGCUAAAGAAGCUUUUUUAGGUGUCCCUAAGAUUUUUCACAUGGGCAUCUGCGGCGGGCGCUACAACGCGUUAGUCAUGGAGUUGCUAGGUCCUAGCCUCGAAGACCUUUUUAACCUAUGCAAUCGCCACUUCCGGCUGAAGACCGUCCUGAUGAUUGCUGACCAGACCUUAGAGCGCAUAGAGUACGUACACAGUCGGAGGUUGAUAUUUCGUGACGUCAAACCGGAAAACUUUCUCAUUGGGCGCAACAAGAAUAAUAAGGAGCGACUGGUCCAUAUCAUCGACUUUGGCCUUGCCAAGGAGUACAUCGACAAAGAUCGUAACAAACACAUUCCGUACCGGGAGCACAAGUCACUGACGGGCACGGCGCGCUAUAUGAGCAUUAAUACUCAUAUGGGCCGCGAGCAGUCGCGUCGAGACGACCUGGAGGCACUCGGCCACAUGUACAUGUACUUCUUGCGCGGCUCACUGCCCUGGCAGGGCCUGAAGGCGGACACGCUGAAAGAGCGCUAUCAGAAAAUCGGCGACACGAAACGCUCGACGCCCAUCGACCUGCUUUGCGAGGGCCACCCGGAGGAGAUGGCCACUUACAUGCGGUAUGUCCGUAAACUGGAUUUUUUCGAAACGCCCGACUAUGAGUACUGUCGCCGUCUCUUUAAGGACUUGUUUGAGCGGCGCGGGUUCAUGGAUGACGGCAUUUUUGAUUGGUCCGGCUUGUACACCAAUAGCGCCAACAACGGCAGUAACACCGACGACUGAAUUAGGACACUAGGCUUAGUGCAUAGCAUGGUCGCAAUAUUUGUGAUAUUACUGAUGGUAUUUCUUGUGGAAAUUUCACAUUCAUUUCAAGGCGACUCGCCGAACGCGUAAUAAAUCGCAUUCGAAAGUCGUGCGCA